ACGCGGACAGGACAUCACGGACCUUCAGGUGCCGUACGACGCAGACACCUGGCGUAAAUCUGGCAGAGCGAAUGUUCCCUGCAGAUGUGCAGCAACUCUUGGUGAUUACAGAGGGUGUUUUCUGGAGUCUGGACAAGCAGGACCCAGAGGAACUAUGGCCCAAUCAGGAUGGAGAGCACUUGAUGAUGGGCUGGUGGAGAGUGUCACCAGUCUACCAACGAUGAUGGCUCCUGUGAAGAUUGAAGAUGAUGAAAAAGAACUUCAGCCUUGGUCAUAUUCAGCCCACCUUCAUCAAACCCAAACUGAAGGUAACACAGAGGUAGAGGCUCCAACCAACAACCCAGAUAAACAGAUUAAAACAGAAACUGAUGGAGAGGACUGUGGAGGACCAGAAAUAACCAGUGACCCAGACCCGAACAGUCAUUUACAACAACACAGUGACAUAAAGCCUUCAAGCUCUUCUGAGAUAAAACAUUUGCCACAUUUUGGACCUGAAAUGAAAGAUGAAGAUAAAAGCUGGAAUGACAACAGGGUACAUGGUUCAGGUGUAAAUAGUGAUGUGGAACAUAACACUGUCAAAACCUCCCUCAGCUGCUCUGAAUGUGGUGAAGAGUUUCACUCUCAACGAUCUCUCCAGAGACAUUUAACAAAAAAGUCUUUGAGCUGCUUGAAUAGUAAGAAAUGUUUUAGAGUGACACAAAAUAAAAAUAACCAGAAAAGAGUCGACACAGAGAAGGAAACAAUGCAAUGUGAUGUUUGUGGUAAAAUUUUUAGUCAAAGAUUAAAUCUUAAUAGACACAUGAAAAUCCACACGGGAGAAAAACCAUUCAGCUGUGAUGAAUGUGGACAUAGAUUUAGUCAAAAGACAUGCUUAAAUAGACACAUGAGAAUCCACACAGGAGAAAAACCAUUCAGUUGUGAUGAAUGUGGACAAAGAUUUAGUCACAAGGCAAAUUUAAACCUACACACGAGAAUCCACACUGGAGAAAAACCAUUCAGCUGUGAUGAAUGUGGACAAAGAUUUAGUCUAAAGGGACACGUAAACAUACACAAGAGAAUCCACACACAAGACAAACCAUUCAGCUGUGAUGAAUGUGGAAAAAGAUUCAGUCAAAAGCCAAACUUAAACAGACACAUGAGGGUCCACACAGGAGACAAACCAUUCUGCUGUAAUGAAUGUGGACAAAGAUUUAGUCGAAAGACAAGCUUAGACCAGCAUAUGACAAUCCACACAGGAGAAAGACCAUUCCGCUGUGAGGUUUGUGGUGAAUUAUUUAGGUGGCCUGACUCUUUAAAACGACACCUGCGUGUCCACACAAAAUAGAAGAGGCAUAGUUGCAGGAUUUUGCUGCAAAUUUGUAAACAAUGUGUUGUUUGCAGUGCAGAUAUGUGCGGGUUAGAAGAACUUCAGGGGGUAGUCCAUGGAGGUUGUUCAAGAAAGAAAAAAAUUCAACUCAAACUAGAACCGUCUCCCAAUUUAUUCUCAAC